GCCGUGAGGGGCUACAUCGAGGAGUACUCCUUCAAGCAGAAGAGGCCAUUGGAGCAAGUCAUGGCUUUGAUGCAGAGGAAGCAUUCGUUCGGAGCAUCGAAGAGAGCAUAUCGACUGAAAAUCAAAGAAUGGGGUUUGAUGAGGCAUAAACCACAUAGACCUCGACAAGGGAGCCCGCCAGCUCGGAGGAGCGUGACGAACGAUGGAUCUGUGUCCGAUACCACAUUAGUGGGCGAUCCUGUCAGCGGUAACGAGAAGCACGUUGACUCGAACCUUUCUACCGCCCUUCGACCUGACGAAGAACGUUCUAAACAAAUCAUCUUGAACGCCAUAUGCAAUGGCAAUGAAUUUGAGGUCGAGACCCAGCUCCGAAAGCCCGAAAGUAUGGCAUGCUUGAACCACCCACUAGGAGUCGGAUUGGAGUCGAGAGAUACGCACUGCUCCAUUGGUUGGGGCUGGGCACCAAAGCCUCUAAAUAUCUUACCCGACGGUUGUGUGCUUCUCCAGCCUAACUCCCAGACCCUUCUUGACGUGGCAUCUGCCCUUCCAAAUACAGCUGUCGUACAAAAGUUGUUGCAAGCUGGAGCGAUAUCUUCUGUCCACAGCCAAGGUACCCAAGUAUCUAUGUCUAAUGCCAUCAGGAAUGGACGGGUCGAAAAUGUGAGAGCACUAUUGGAAAGCGGAGUUUGCAAGGCUUCUGGACUGCGUCAAUGUACUUGGGUACCCCUCCGACAAGCGGCGUUCUGGCUCUACCCUUCUAUCAUCCAGUUACUCUUCGAUCACGAUCCCUUGUGGAGCAGCCAUCUCAGCCCUGUCGAAUACUCGGUCCUCCAAUCGUUUAUCACCAGCGGUGCUGACAUCCACUCCCGUUUCACCGCAUUCUCUUGCACUAGCCCCUCUAGCGAAACAUUCUCCCACCAGCUUCUCUACCACGCACCGUCCCACUUAACCCGCCUCCUAAUUGAUCACACCAACGUCCGCCUGGGUGGAAAUGGCUGCCACAUUCUCCAUGAGUUAGCUGGUGGAUCAUGCCCGAACGGAAAAGGCCAUCCCGCCGAAACGUUGCGGGACAUCGAAGUGCUGCUCAAACGCGGAGCAGACCCUAAUUGUCUCGACAAAAAAGGUCGCACUGCUCUAACAGCCUGCCUGGGCCUAUGCCCAUCCAUUGACGUUUUCGAUCGUGUGCAGUUGCUCCUCCGAGGUGGCGCAGACCCUGAAGAGCGAGACGCUAAACAUUUCGACCCGGUCCUAAUGGCCAUCAAGGGCUUCCAGGACCCUUUGCGUUUCCGCCUUACGGAGACGCUGCUCUAUAGCUACCCUACAACCACAGGGCCCUUACGCGGAGAGCACAGGUUUCCUGUGGUGAACUUGCCACUGCACCUUUGUUCAAACAUGCGAGACGUAAUCAAUAGAGCAACGUUCAGCGUAGCAACGACGCGAAUUCUGGAUGCGGCGGUGAAACAGCAGACUAGAGGUGGUGUUUUGCGAAGCGACGAUAUUCUGAGAGUGAUUCGGAUGCGCGAAGAUGCAGGACUGCCAAAAUAUGAGUUCGAUCAAGCGUUUGUCCUGGAACUACUGUCGGCUACGAUACCUGCACCGUUGGCGCCUUCGGUCGGGAUAUACACGCAAGCACUCGAUGUUGUUCCGAUUGGUGUUACGGCUGCAGGGCACUCUUGGGCUUUCGGACAGAUGACGAUUCGAUGAAGCAGUGCCUUCGAGGAGACGACGAAUAUACUUAGCCUCUGAGAACGGGAAACAGUUUGCCAACGAGAGCCACGAGGUUGGUGACUUGAUGCAGAUGCCGGCUACGAAUAAAUUCCUAUGCAAACCGAGUCCCGCAGAAAAUUCUACGAUUCCCUGGAUAAACACAACCUACAUCACUUAACUCAAACUCUCGAUCCUAGUGUCUGCAAAAGCGACAGGGAUACGAGCCCUGUCAGGCUUCAUGAGCAUAAAGCGGCAGUAACGUGUUCUACAUGCAUGUGGUGGUUACAAGCGAGUGGUGGCGCUUAAUUUUUGGUGCGAUUUGGACGUUUUGACACCCUAGCAAUCUCAACAACUAUAAAGUAUUAAAUAAGAUUAUAUGAAUGCAUAUAGUAUUUAGCUC